CCCUUGUGUUUCUGUUCACUGUUUUCAGUUUGUGUUUGACCCUGUUUCCCUCCUCUUCUCUGUGUUUUAUUUUUUCGAUCAGUUCUCAUUGUUUCCUGUUUUAUUUUGUAGUAGUUGAUUCCUUGUGUUUCUGGUCUGGUUUUACUCCCCUAAUCACCCAUGAGUUUCACCUGUGUCUCGUCUGCCUCACCUGUUGCUCGUUUCCCAGUCCCUGUCUUCCCCUCUGUCUCUGUUGGUUCAUUGUGUGUGCAUGUAGGUUGAUGUUAAUGUAUGUUUGGAUCCCCAGUUCGGAUUUCUCAGUUGGACAUUUUGAGAGUAAGUUUUAUUUGGACUUUUCCUUUUUGCUUUUGCUUAAAUAAAUCCUUAGUUCUGCAUUUCGGUCCUUUUUGUGUAGCCCUGCACUAUGACAGGUUAGCUUCAGUGACCUUAGUACUUCUAUAUUAACUUUUGUAUCUUUUGGCUAUGUCAUCUUUGGCAUCUUGUGUGGACAAAACGCUGCAUCUCAACUCUCCUCUGAUCUUUACUUGCACUUACAAAAACUGUUUUCUGAUGAUAAAUCUUGUCUAGCUUUAGUCAAGUGUAUCCCUUAUUCUAAAUCUUUGCCUUGUAAAAUGCAAAAUCUCGUGUGACACCUUUUUUAGGUGGCAGACUUAAAAAUAUACUAUAUAGUACAGGUCUUUAUCUAAAGGCUUGUAUUCACACUGUGUUAAGCCAUUUGAAUACAAAUAUUCAUUGUAAGUGUGCAUUUGGACAUUUUAAAGUAGUUUGUCAUUUAAUCCAGUAGAGGGCCCUCUCAUCGUAACCUGACCACUGCAUGCAUUUCUGACCUCAGUAAAUUAGUACAGUGAUGUUUUUCCACAAAAAAUUGAGGAUAUGUGAAGCAGAUCAUCAUGACACCAAAACAUCUGAGAAGGGCCUUGUGGAAGUAUUUCGGGCUCCACACUAUAAAUAGCUAAAUAAGAGGCAAAGAUGGGACUAUGAUUGAAUGCAAAACUUGUGAAAGUUUAAGAUAAUACCUACUAAAUGUCUCUGCUGUUGUCUGCAAUUUGAGGUAUUUCUUUACAGCAUAAUUUUAAACUGGGUCUCAUUGGGUGCUAUAGUCAUGCUUGUUUGUUGUGCUACUGAAAACCCUAAAAUGAAGUUAUAAAAUGGAAUCUUGAAGCAUGAAUAUUCAAACAUAGCAUGCCAUACUUUACAUUCAUUCAAACCUGAUUUUUAUUUUAAACUGACAGCCUUGCUUUAUAAAGAUUGUCAGUCUUCUUCCUGGUUGUCUGGUGUGCUUUUUUAGCUCAUAAAUCGACAUCAGUGCAAAUUUCAGACUGUUUCAUCACCAGCGGCUAAAACUCCACACAGGAGCUUAAAACUUGGGGAAACAGUUUAUGUAUUUGAAGUGUUGAACACCUGCAUUGCUCGCCAUGGUGCAACAAUAUCGUCAUGACAACAAGGUUCAACCAUACCUUAUUUCUGGCAUUGGUUAUUGUGGGUCUGACUUGCAUAAGGAAAUGACUGCAUAUUUGAAUGUGUUUUUUCAAUCCAUGCUUUUUAUUUCCAACAUUUUCCUGUAAUGAGGUUUUUAGUAGCUUUCUUGAGCUUACGUUAAUCUCUCAUUGGCUGGGAUAAGAAAGUAUAUUAACAUAUCUUUUCGCUUAACUAGUUAUCACUUGUUAAUCAGUAGUUUAACAUGUUGAGGACAGAUAUAGCUUUAUACAUUAGCAGGUGAGCGUUAACCAAGUUCACAAAGGUUAUGUUUAUAUUCAUUUGUCUAAAAGUGACUCAUGUAUGUAAAUAUAAGAUCUGUCUCACUUCCAGUAUUUGGCUAGAGAUGUAAUUGGGAGGUUAUCAACACAUGUAAAGCAGAAGCUUGCCUCAAAUAUAUCUGACUUUGGGUAUGGUUAGUAUAUCAGUAUACGUGGCCUUUGUUAGGAAAAAAACAAGUCUUGGAUAAAUUUAACAACAAACUGUUCAUACAUUGCUUUUAAAAUAGUCACUGGAUUAAAAUCUUAAGUCAUAUUUGGACGUCUGUGAAAUUAGCUCAGUUAAACUUAAAUGUAAAAAAAACUUAUUUCAAAAAGAAAUAUUUUUAAAGUAUUGGACAAACAAAACACUAGCUGAGUAUCAACAGAGAGACUUUAAGGUGGAUGUUGCUGAAUGCUCCUUAACCCUGACUCUUUGUGGUCGAGCUAAAAACACAAAAUAAACUGAAACCAUAAACAUAAAAAAAGUGGUUUUAACUUUAAUCUCUUGAAUGUUUGUGGAUUAAUUUUGGUGGUCCACUGUUAAUAUGGAGCGAAAACUGUCGUUAAAUUACUCGCUAGCUUCCAGGGAUGAGAUGAAACUUACCUGCGCAGGAAGAGAGGAUGUUAGCCAACAAUAAGUAACUCGAGUGAUGUCAAAGUUAAAAAAUAAUGUUUCACGAAAGCUUUCUGUCCAAAAAAAUCAAAUAAAACCAUUAAUUAUGCUCGAGGGUUUAUGUUUGCCCCUUUCCUGUAACGUUUUUCAACCAACGCCAUUCAUGUGAGACAAAAGUUUUCAGUGCAGGUUCAGGAGUAGGAUAGUGACUGCGCAUGCGCGUGGAUCUGUCAACAAGCCCAGCAGGUGCUCCUGGGAGCUGGUCAGGUGAUGAAAAGUACUUAGUGAAAUAUUGAUGAUGCCUUUUCUUCAACUGAAUCGAUUACAGAGAGGACGACAUGACUACUAUCUUCUUUGACUGUGAGGCAGCUUUCUUGUGGAUUUAUGAGGGCCUCUCUGCAAUAUAAGACACGUUCACGGCCUGUUUGGUUAAAAAUGGAAUAUUUCGACCCAUUAAGUUUCUUUAUUUUCUUAUCAAAAACUCAAUUUUUAUAUUCACUAUCAGAAGCAAAUAAAACACUGUUCAUUACUUUUUAUUUUUCAACAUUAGACACAUAGCAGAAUAAAAAAAUAGCAUAGUAGUAGCAGUAUUGUUGUUUAUUAUUUUUGUUGAUAUCAUUAUCGUUAUUGUUGUUUAUUUUUGUUGAUAUUAUUAUUAUGGUUAUUGAUUCAAUGCUCAGACUUCACUCAAUAUGUUCAUAUCAGCUUCUUAACUGCAGGGCGACAUCAUGUGGCCAUUUGUGAGAAUUGCAUUUUGCAGCAGAUACUAGACCCACAAAACUGGAUGUAUGCUUCUGCACAUUUUGACAAGAAUAGCCAAGAAAAAAAAUACAAAUGCAAGUUUUGGCCUUAGAGACAAAUACACUUUUCAUUGAAACUAUGUUAAAAAAAAAAAUUGUUUGAGAGGGGAAUCUAUCAAACUACUGUCUAUAAUGUUAUUUUUGCAGCUUCACAAGUGCAAACCAGCCAAACUGCUCACAUUUUUAUCAUUAACUCAAGGAAGCCAUGCAUGUACCUGGUUAAUCAUUCAAUGUCAUCUUAUACAGGAGCCUAUUAUCAUGUCUGGUGUCUUGUUAAGUUCAAAGUUCAACUCUAGCCCUCUGUUGUGAAACAGGGUCUCUUGCAUUUCAGCUGAAAGAGGAUCAUGCAAAGCCCUUUUACCUUUUCACGUCUGAGUCCCAGACAGAGGCAGUUAUGAGUGAUCACAUGCAUGAAAAUACACACUGACACAGAGGCCACAUGCAGCAGUGGAUUAUGUUGCAAACACUGUUUUAUUAGUACAUACACACUGGAAGUGUUGUAAGUAGCAGGUUUGAACUUUACACUUCUGCAGGAUCAUGCAGGAAAGGAAUUUAAAAGCACUUAGUAAUAUUCUCGACAAGCUGUAGACCAGAUUCAAGAUUUGACUAGAAAGGAAUUUUAUAAUCCUGAUCCAAGUUGUUGCAAUAAGAUGUGUCGCUUUAAGUGGCUUUAUGUCUGGGGGAUUUAAGUUUGUUGAAUUAGCAGUCAGUCAAAAAAGUUACCUGCCAUCUUUAACCUUUAUAAAAAAGGUUAAAGUUCACAAUUAAUAUGCAUGAAUUAUUUGGAAAGCAUUUGCUAAUGCAUUACAGUGACAUAAAAAAUGUUAUGUCUGAAUAUUGAGCUGUAGAGACAUAGUUUGGUGAUAGUGUAAAUCUACACUACAAUGAAAAGCACAUCGUGUUGGGACUAGUAUUCAAACACUGCAUAUUGUUUGACUUUUGUAAGGUGAUGUUAUUGGUCAAAACUCAGCUCAGUAUUUGCUCCACCACCUGGUGAACAUGCAUACCAUUUAUUUGUCAGCUCUGGGCUACUUGUUUCAAAGAUUUCAGCCUCUGCACAUGGAGUCCAAAACUGAUGUGUGCCAUUUAGGUCAGAAGUCAGAUUACAAAGCUGGGAAUGACGUCACGUUUGAGUUCACUGUGUUCCAGAUACAAACCAAAGUGUUAUUCAGCCAUUAGCUCCGAUUGUUGUUAGCCUUGCUCAGGUACUACCAGGUGAUAACUUCAGGUCAUGGCCUAUUAUAUCUUAAACUGAUUGACAAAGCCCAUCGAAUGAUAAAAAUACUGUCAUUUUUACAGUUCUGUAUUAUUUGUUUGUAUGGUAGGAAAGUAAAACCUUUUUUUUUUCAUUCUUUCUUCAUCUGGCCCAAUGGCGUGCCAUAAUGGAGCAUUUGCAGAAAGCUUGUGCCAGUUUCAGCCCCUAAGUGAAGUAAAUCUAAGUAUAGUGUAUAGUUAGCAUAAAGGCUAAUAUAAGCUUCACUAGCUCAACAAACAGAGAAAACCAUUUGUUGUCCCUCACAAAUAUAAAGUUAGUUAUACAGACUUCCUCAGUUAACAUCCUCAGUUUGUUUCAGAUACACUCUCAUAUUUCUAUCAGAUACAUGUAAAUAUCCAGCCAACCUACAUUUCAUCCAUCUACUGAGUGUAUGGAUUCGCCAGCCUGCUCCUGUUAAGCCCACCCCCCAAAAGUCAUAAUGUUCAUUAACACCAAAAGGGUCCAACAUAUAUCUAUUGCCUCUGUAUGGUGGUCUGUUAUGAUAACUUGACCCCCCCACCCCGGUUAAGGUUAGGGUUAGGGUUAAAACUACAACCCCCCUUAACUUUGCAGUUUUGUUUUGGUAAUAAUUCAUCUCUUAAAAGGCACCUGUGAAAAGUGGUACAUAUUGUCCACAACUUUAAUUUGCAGAAUCUUUCUUCUCAGAUGGGAAAGAAGCACCUAAACUGAAAUCCACAGGCAGGUUUUGGAUGUGGAGAAGGUCUUUGUUAGCUGAAAAACAAAACAAAGUGUUCACUAUCUUUUGAACUUUGCCCUUUUAAACCCUCAGCCACAAAAGUGAUCAAACCAACCCCUGACUGCCGGUGAGACAAGACAGUUUCCAUUGGUUAGGAGAGUCCCACACCCCCGUCCCUUCCCCCUAUCUAAGUUCUAGAGUCCACUUUUUAACUCCUGGACUGCGCUCACCUAUCUCACUUUAUCAGUCACUUGGUCCCAGUCCCACACCUGACAGCAAAAUGUCUGACAGAGGAGGCUUCGACACCAACGUGCAGACCCUCACCAGGUUUGUCCUGGAGGAGGGGAGGAGGGCCCACGGCACAGGGGAGCUCACCAACCUGCUCAACUCCAUCUGCACGGCUGUCAAAGCCAUCUCGACCGCUGUCAGGAAGGCUGGGAUCGCUAACCUGUGAGUAAAUUCACCUUUUCGGAUUUUAUGUAACGUUUAGAGUAUAAGAAGAUAAAAUAUGCAUCUGUGGAAGGUAAAACUAGUUUGCAUCCUGAUAAACACCAACAAACAGCUAGAUUAUCACUGUUUAUCACUUAAAACUCAAAGUUUGCAAGAUUCAAAACCACCUCUGUUACAGCACAUUACCCAGUCAUAAAUAUUGAUUCUGAAAAGAACAAUGUAAGAUCAGUAAGUCAUCUACAUUUCACAGUGAAGCAGUUUCUACUUAUUGGCCCUGGUCAAAGGUAAACUCCGUGCAUGUAGUGUACAUUCAGCCAGGGCAAAGGUCAAGAAGAUAAUGGGAUUUUCAGACUUUCCGUACUUGCAGAACAUCUAAACAAAAAUUAACUGACAUCCUGUGCAAAAGUAAUUUUAAAGAGGCUGUAUUGCAGUUUUUUUUUUUUAAAAUCCUGAUGCAUUUCACGUAGUUUCAAUCAAGCGUGUGCCUCUCUUCUUAACCUUGAAGCUAUGGCAUCGCCGGAAGCACCAACGUGACAGGAGACCAGGUGAAGAAGCUGGAUGUCCUGUCAAACGACCUGGUCAUCAACAUGAUCAAGUCCUCCUUCACCUCCUGUGUGCUGGUGUCAGAGGAAGACGAGAAGGCCAUCAUCGUGGAUCCAGAUCAGAGGGUAAGCAUGAAAUGAUACAGGGUGAUAUAGAGUUAUCCAGUAAAAUACUGUUUGAUUCCAUAUAUGACAGUACUACACCAUAUACAGUGGGUUACAAUGCGAUACAAUAUUUUUUUAUUUGUAUAUAUGUGACACUGAUAAAUUCAUUUGUUCUCACCUGACAGGGGAAAUACAUUGUGUGUUUUGAUCCACUGGACGGCUCUUCAAACAUCGACUGUCUCGUCUCCAUUGGAACAAUUUUCGCCAUCUACAAAAAGGUCACCAACCACUGUGUUUCAAUGAUUUUGUAUGAUUCCCGUUUCCUUAUGCACCAUGACUUUAUCUAUUGAUAUUUUUUUCUAGACCUUCACCAUUCAGAUGUUUUUUUAAGAUUGUGGUCUAGUUUUGUAACGAUACGUAUUCUCAGAUCCAGAACUUAACUUAGAGUUAAACUACUUUUCACUCUAGUACAUCUUCAGCAGAUUACCAGCAUAUAUUACAGAUUUCAGUUAUGACUGGUGUUGCUUUACCUACCGCAGAAUGCUAUAGUCGUUUUCUGAGUGUCAGUGAGUAAAGCGUCACAUACCAGAGGACUUUUUAUUCUAAUAUGAUCUCAAGACCUCCUGGAAGAUGAAAGAGAGCUUGACAAUGAUCUGAGAAAAAAAAGGGACUUACAGUUACACUUUAGGUAACAGAUUUUCCAGGUCUGAGGAACCUGAAUCCAUUGAAAAAGGAUCAUAUGCUUGCAAAGUCCCUCUGGGUCAUGGGUUCCCCUGUAAACCCUUGCAGUGUGCCUGUUUCGUGUUUUUCAUGACAUUUAUUUGUGUAUGACUCUGCUCCAUAGACAACUGAUGAUGAGCCAGUUGAGGCUGACGCCUUGCAGCCUGGCAGAAACAUCGUCGCAGCUGGUUAUGCUCUGUACGGCAGCGCCACCAUGAUGGUCCUCUCCACCGGUCAGGGAGUCAACUGCUUCAUGCUCGACCCUGUAAGACUUCAUUUUAACUGCGGCACCAUUAUUCAACAAUAUAACACACAAGAUAUUGUAGUUUUGGUUCUGUCAGUUUGCAUUUCUAUAGCUGUGGUUUCUUUUUAGGCAAUCGGUGAGUUCAUCUUGGUAGAUCGAGAUGUGAAGAUCAAGAAAAAGGGAAAAAUCUACAGUUUGAAUGAAGGAUACGCACAGCAUUUUUACCCAGAUGUGACAGAAUACCUGCAGAAGAAGAAAUACCCAGAGGUGAGGAGUCUACAGUAGGAGUCUACAUGUGUGCGAUCGAUCUGUGGUAUAAAUAACUGAGUACAACUUGUUUUGAGUCAUAUAUACAACAUAAUGGUUUUUGUGUUUCUAGGAUGGUUCUGCACCAUAUGGCAGCAGAUACGUUGGCUCAAUGGUGGCUGAUGUUCACCGGACUUUGGUGUAUGGAGGAAUCUUUUUAUAUCCCGCUAAUGUCAAAAGUCCGAAGGGCAAGGUGAGAGCAAUGGGGGGGGGGGUUAGGGUUAAACAAUGUGUUUUUAAACAAUCAUGCCAAGUUAAAGUAAAAACAAAAAAAGCACUUUUCAUCAUUUCUGUGGACAUUCCUUUAAAAUCACGCCUGUUUCUGCAUCUUUUUCCCAGCUGAGGCUCCUGUACGAGUGUAACCCCAUGGCCUUCAUCAUGGAGCAGGCAGGAGGAAUGGCCACGACAGGGUCUAUGAAUGUUCUGGACAUCCAGCCGACCUCCAUCCAUCAAAGAGUCCCUGUGGUCCUGGGAUCUCCUGACGAUGUGAAGGAGUACCUGGAAAUCUGUAAGAAGCAUAACAAAUGAGGUAAAACAAACUUCAUUAUUCAUCAGAGUCAUUCGUAAAUCGGGAUUUAAAAAGUCUGUGGUUAUGAAAAACGUGAUCUUGUCUUUUUCAGCCUCUUUGACUUCAGCGGGACAUGUCUAGUGCUGGUGGAAAAUCAAAGGGCUCAAUCAGGACCUUCAUGGUUGAGUGUAAAGGCACCAUGCACUUUACUGGGCCUGCAGAGUCUGCCUCACACUAUGCCUAAACCAUCUUGGUGCUGUAAGUGUUAUUUGUUCAGCCAAACUUUGUAUUUUUUAAAUAAACCCUUGUGAAAAAAAAAAA